UCUCGCACAUUCCUCGCUUCUCUGCUUCUCUGUCUUCCCUUUCCGUCUGUCGUGGUGUUUGCUUCUCACGCUUCCCGUGAGCGUCGCCGACCCUUUUUCAUCGUUUGUGACGCAUGCGCAUCCGCUGGUCUUUAACCCAACCAUGUACUGUCUUUUGUCUCGUUUGCAUACCGCAUUUUGAAGUUUGCUCUCAGAGUGUUCUGGAAUAAUUCACAUCUCUCAUCUGCUGGCCAGUGUAACCUCAACUCCCGCCGAAACCCUGGUAAACGAAACUCGUAACAGUCGGCGGGUAAGCGGCCGCGUUCCGUGUCACGGACGGCGCGUUUGUCUGGUUUCGCGUGGAGGGUCCAGGACUCAUCUUUUUUUCGAGCGACAGGCGAAACAAUUCGCGUCCCUUUUUUUUCUUUCAUCGAAAAGCUCGCCUUGCUGGUCUUCCCCAGCUUGCUCGUGGUCAGCCGUCCACUGGAUCGUGUGCAACCGUUUUGCAUCGUUUCGAACUUCCUCCCACCGUUGUUAAAAAACAACUGGACAUGCCUUCCAUAGUGAAACCCAUCUACUCGAGCGUUUGCCGAAGCGGAAAGAAAGAAAGCCCUGCUGGAAGAGGCGCGUACUGGCUGCAAAUUAUCUUUGUCUUUGGCAGCUGACUGCGGGGAGUACCCCCAUUGUUGCAGAUACCUGUAAAAAAGGGAAUGACUGGCCAGUGCCGUUCACGCUGACUCCAAUCAACGGACGUGUUCGGUCGGCACAUUGCAAAGCGGAUGGAGGUGUUUAAGAGAACUGGACUCGGCCUGCAGAUGUUCAUAGUCGAGAUCCCGAACCUGACACGACCUCGGACACCCCCAGAGCGACGAAAAUCUCUCCGCACAUAUCGCCGCUGGAAAGGAAGCGACAUUUUUGCUUCGGCUAUGUUCUACGCGUAACAUGUGGACGAUCGCUAUCACGCGCAGUAAAAAUGGCCUAGGCACAACGCGAAAGUCGCCUUUCCAAAAUCGCUUUUCCUGCGUGUCGCCGGGUAGGGGACAGGCGCGUCACUGAGGCGCUUUGUUUUUGUCUAGACUUCGCACGAGAUAACCGACAUAACAUCUUAUCUGUGCAGCUGCUACGGCACACAAAGGCGCCGACUGCUUUCGAAAGAGGAAGCGAAAAGCGGCAGGUGCCGUUUACCACUCUCCCACGCUGAGACGUCCGCUUCGCCUAUGCGUUCCCUUCAACGCGGGAGCUGUUUGCCCUUUCAAAAAAAGAAAGAAGAGAGGCUUGUUCGGCUCUCGAUGUCGAGGCACUCUGACGUCUCUUUACCGUGACUGUUCCAGAGUGUGCGUGGCCUUCUCUGUCUCGGUCAGCAUGAAGGGCAAUAGCGAGGAUGUGCCGCCGUCUCGGCCUUCCGCUUCCCCGUCGUCGGCAGACCCGACUGAGCGGCGUCCUUUGUUUCCGCCUUCUUCGCUCCCUUCAUCUCUCGGGACUUCUUGCUUCCCCUUCCUCUCAUGCGCUCCUGCUGGUCCUGCGUGCGUGUCGCCGCCCUCGCAGCCUCCUGCGUGGCCAGGCGCGCAUGCCUUCUCCUUCCUUCCGUUUCCUGUCUCCUCCCCUUCCGCGCCGGUGGGCGGCUUCCGGCCCUUCCCGGCGCAGCCGCUGUGGCCCGCCGGGCCUGACAGCGCCCCCCGAGGGCCUGUAUCCGCUCCUCUUCCGUGUGCUUCUCCAAUCUACUUUCCGCCUCCCCUCAUUUGUCCGCCUUCUGUCGUUCCUGUCGUCGGCGUCAAUCCCCCCGUGGGCCCUCUGUCUCCACUGCUUCGUCAGGAGGUUCCCGAGGCCACCCAUGCCGCAGAAGGAGAAGCCCGGAGCCGUGGAGACGCGCUAGCGGGCGGCAGCGUCCGAGCUGAGGAACCCGGCGCGCGAGAAGACGCAGGCCACGUGCCAGCUGAACACGAAGAAGGCGGGACGCCCGGUGAAGCAGAGAAACCGGCUAAUGAGGGUGGAAGCCUCGAGGAGGGCCUACAGAGAGACAGUGACCCUUCAAAAGACACCAUUCGGUUUGUGCCGCUCGAUCAAGUUUUCCCCAGUCCAGAGGAGCAAGCGUCGUACGCGUCGGCAAUGGCCAGCGUGUACGCGGGACAGCUGGACGUCUGGUACUGGUACAGUCGCCAGCUGUCAAUGCAGCUGGAUCUUCUGCGGCUCUCGUCGACAACCGCAUCUUCGCAGCCUCUCGGCUUUCUCUCGGGAUUGUCUCCCGACGGAAACGACGUUCUCCUGACUCCGAACGGGCUUCUCGCCGAAGGGUUCGCGUCGCCUCUGUCCUCGCCCCUCACGCCCCACGGGGGCGCUCUGCGACCGGAGGAGACACCUGCCUCCCCCAGCCCCAUCGACACCAACACAGGGAGCCGCUUGGGCGGCGUCGGCGCCGUUUUCCGGCUCUGCGGCCUCGAGUUCUGUUUCGGACGCAACCAUGGAGCUCAAGGAGCCGGUGCGAACUCGCUGGGGCUCCACAACCCGGACGCCCUCGGCUACUCGGUCGCAGACAACUUUCGCGGCAAUGCUGCUUCAGCCGCCAGUGGACAGGAAGUGCGCGCAUCAGGCCCUGCGCCGCCUCCAGCUUCCGGGUCGCCCAGCCACCGCCCCGGCACCGAUGGUGAGGCAGAGGCCGAAGUGCCAGGCGAGGCGGGCGGCCGCAUCAACAAUGCGUGGGAUCAGUACAACAUUGGCGUGUUUGUAAAAUUGCUGCUGCUGCUCUUUCUCUUCGACGCCGGCAGAGAGGUGUACAUUGUCACACUUCUUUUUCUUCUCAUGCACGUCAACGGCUUCUUCGACCCCCUCAUCACGUGGAUGCGACAAAACAGUCACACUCAGCCGCUCGAAGUGACUCUCGCGAGGCUACGCCACCGCCGAGAACGGCGCCCCCUUCAGCUCCUCCAGCGCCAGCAACGAGAGCUGCGGACGUCAACUGACAUGCGCCGCCAAGAAAGAGGUAUUGCUGCGACGGAUGAAACCAGGAGCUCUGAAGCUGAGUCCGGAGCUUCAGCUUCUUCCUCUUCUUCGAUGUCAUCUUCAGUCUCUUUCGCUCCCUCCACCUCAACAGAAGCCGAGGCGCCCGGUCUUCGGCGUCGGGUGCUGUCGCGCGAGGGCGACAGGGACGAAAGACGUGAGGGAAGAGAAGGGCACGAGAGAGAGCGUGAACAAGAGGAAGGCAGAGACAGAGAGCGAGAAGCGUUUGGGCGGCCCACAUAUCUUCAGCGCGUGCUCUAUCAAGGCGUUGUCAUGUUUUUCCUCACUUUCCUUCCGUGGUGGAAUCCCGACCCAAUCUACCUCGUCCAAGAUGACGAGGAGGACGAAGUAGACUGGCCCGUGAAUCAGGCGCAGUCGGGGGCUGAAGAAGAAGACGCAGCGUUUGCGGAGCGAGUUGACCACGAGUGAGGCCUAGUCUGUUUUUUGAGUGCUGCUUCUCUUGACGGUGAAUUCAUACGAAGAGUCUGGCCUCGCCGACUGAAUACAGAAGAUGACGGUGACUUUACCUACAGUUUUCUUUGUCAUGGAAUCAUUCUAGCCGAGUUGGCGAGGCGAAAACGAAGAGCGGAUGGCCCCUCAAAAGUCGGGUGGAGAAGGGGAUAGCGAAGCUGAGAGUGGCGGGCGCAGGAGACAGAGGGAUCUGUGUUUUUUUUUCAAUCGUCGGCGAACAGGUGUGAGGUUGACCAACUGUGGGCAGAAACAGGUUUGUAUCCUCUUUUUCCCGUUUCGAGUUCGACGACGCAACUUGCAGUGGAGCCGUAUCGAAAGUCACACGCAGAGGUACGAUAUAUGUGAACUGAAGAGGCUUGUUCCGCUUGUUCUGUUCCGUUCUUUCCCUCCUUCGGACUUCUUUUCCUGGAAGAACACAAGUCCUUUAGAAGAGACACAGGCGGAUUCAGCUUUAAGGGAGAAAAUAUCAUGGGACGUGAGUCGAUUUUGUUUGUUCAUUCACUGUCUUUUGUGGGAAGAGACGACGGAAGAAAAGGAGACAGACAAAGUGGGGAUGUGGAAGAAGCGACUAGCCACUCUACUAUAGGGUGGAGAACGGACGGGAGGGACAGGAGUAGCGCGUCACCUUGACCUUCCUGCAAUUUUAUCAGGCUGACGUUAGUCUCCUUUACAAUUUGUCGUCUUCCUUCUUUUUCCUUAUUCAUCUUUCGGCGUUCUUCUGACAUGGUCUCAAGCGCCUCUCCCGCAAAUCGUCACUUUUCGGGGACUACACAGAAACAGCAACAAACGCGUUUCGAGUAUCUCGUUCGUUUUUUUAUGUGUCUCUCUCCUCAUGUUUCCCUUCGUGUUCACGAAAUCACAAUUAUGACCACCACUGC